AGAGAGAGAGAGUGAGGGAAGGAGAGAGGGUGAUAGAGAGAUUGGGAGUGUGAACAGCUCAAUGUAAACAGGCUGUCAGAAAAUAAAGUGCAGGGACAUUGUCACCCUGCAGAGGCUGGGAAGAGAAUCACAUAGUAUCUGCAGAGCAACACUCACCAGGGCAGAGAGCGGGAGAGAAGAGAGGGGGAGGGCAAUGACCAGGGAGAGUCCACGACAGUGAGAGAGAGAAAGAGAGAGCGAAAGCAAGAGAGAGAGAGAGAGAGAGAGAGAGAGAGAGAGAGAGAGAGAGGGAGGGAGGGAAAAAAGGCUUAAUUAAUUCAGGCUGAUGGGAGGGAGGGAUGUUGCUGCCUCUACCAUGGCUCCAGUGCCUGUGCUGUGCCUCUCUGUGUAGCUGGAGCGGUACUGUGUUGCUGUAGCUGCUGUGAGAGGCUGCUCACUGCUCUGCCCACGGGGAAAGCGAGACCCAUGCCCCGGCCGGCUUGGAAAGGACUCCCUAUCAACCCAUACUGAAAAAAGCAUCAAACACAGGGAUGGGCAGAGCUUGUGUCUGUGUAAUCAGAGAGAGAGAGGCCAAGAGACCUGCAUCUGGCUGGACCGCUACAUCACGUACUGAUCCACCAUCUCUGGUGUCUGUUUCUGCCACCACCUGCACUCACUGGGAAGGAUCUGGGAUGACGCCAUGACAGAUAUUAACCUCCUCAGCUCCACACAGGGAUAACCACACUAGAACCUCAUUCCACCUCAGAGGCACAUCCACCACCAUCCUCCCUCACGUCCCUCCCAGCUGGCACCAUGAUGGGAGACGCAGUCGGGAGCUGGGAGUGUCUGAGUCCGUCUGAGUUCGGUCAGCUGCAGCAGUAUAGCGAGUAUUCCACCAAGAAGCUGAAGGAUGUUCUGGGGGAGUUUCACGGUGAAGGAGUCCUCUCCAAGUACAAUCCUGAGCAGAAGCAAGACGUUCUCAACCAACCCAUAGACUACCAGGGUUUCCAGCUUUUCAUGGCCACCUACCUGGAGAACGACAUCCCUGAGGAGCUGUGUCAGCACCUAUUCACCUCCUUCAAGAGCAAGACAGGGGGCUGCUCUCCUGAGAUGCCCCGAGCAGGAGUAGGACUCCUGGAGCCACGUUCCAUUGAUGCAGGCAUCUCUAUACAGACUGAAGUGGCCUGUGCCCCCAUAACAGGAAUGAAUGGAAAGAGCAUCCUGAUAGCCAUGGGUCGACCCACGCCGGAACCUUCCACUAUGAUGGCCUCAUGUUCAGGUGCCAUAUCCAUCUCUCCCUGCUCCUCCCGUUCCUCCUCACAGCGCUCUGGGAUGGGGCCCCACGCGCCUGGGGGGUCCUACCGCUCACCUGCCUGCACCCAGGUCAAACCCUCCACAUGCAGCAGUAGUAACACCCUGACCCCCACCCCAGCCAAGUCCCCAGCCUCCCCUCGGCUCUCCCCAGAGAGAAUCAGAGGGGAGAAGAGGAGGAGCCCGUCCCCAUUACCUUCCCCCCAGGUGGUGUUUCUGAAGGACAUUGUGUGUUACCUGUCCCUACUGGAGAGGGGCACACCAGAGGACAAGCUGGAGUUCAUGUUCCGGCUGUACGACACAGAUGGCAACGGAGUACUGGACAGCUCGGAACUGGACCGCAUCAUCAAUCAGAUGGUCCACGUGGCAGAGUACCUGGAAUGGGACUCGGCAGAGCUGCGACCGAUCCUGAAGGAGAUGAUGGAAGAGAUAGACUAUGACCGGGACGGAACAGUCACCCUGGAGGAGUGGAUCAGAGGAGGCCUCACCACCAUCCCUCUGCUGGUCCUGCUGGGCAUGGAGACGAAUGUUCAGGAAGAUGGUCAGCAUGUGUGGAAACUGAAGCACUUCAACAAGCCAGCCUACUGUAACUACUGCCACACCAUGCUGCUGGGAGUUCGCAAGCAGGGCCUCUGCUGCUCCAUAUGCAAGUACACAGUCCAUGAACGCUGUGUGUCCAAAGACAUUGCUGCCUGCAUCAGCACCUAUGCCAAGUCCCGCAGACACACCAAUGUCAUGCAGCAUGUCUGGAUGGAGGGAAACUCUCCCACUAAGUGUGACCGCUGUCACAGAAGUAUCAAGUGCUACCAGGGCUUAACGGGCCUACACUGUGUGUGGUGUCAGAUCACUCUCCACAAUAAGUGUGCGUCCAACAUGAAGCCGGAGUGUGAUGGAGGAGCCCUUAGAGACCACACUCUACUCCCCUCCUACAUCUGCCCUGUCGUCCUGGACCGUCAUUCUGUUGUGAAGCGGGGUGAAGGGGACUCCCCGCCCAGCAGCAGCCCUGACAACAUAAGUCAGAGCUUGAAAUUCACAGGAGACGGACAAGCACUGCAGAUCACUCCUCUCCCGGGUACACAUCCCCUCCUGGUCCUGGUCAACCCAAAGAGUGGAGGGAGACAGGGGGAGCGGGUAUUGAGAAAGUUCCAGUACCUGCUGAACCCCAGGCAGGUGUACAGUCUCGACCGAGGGGGACCCAUGGUGGGGCUCAACUUCUUCCAUGAUGUCCCUAAUUUCCAGGUGCUGGCAUGUGGAGGGGACGGGACAGUGGGAUGGAUCUUAGACUGUAUUGACAAGGCCAACUUUGCAAAAGAUCCCCCUGUGGCUAUCCUCCCUCUGGGCACAGGGAACGACCUGGCAAGAUGUCUACGCUGGGGCGGAGGUUAUGAGGGAGGCAGUCUGCUGAAGUUCCUGCGGGACAUAGAACACAGCACAGAUAUGAUGCUGGACCGAUGGAACAUCGACAUUAUCCCUGUAGACAAGGAGGAGAAGGGAGACCCAGUCCCCAACAGCAUCGUCAACAACUACUUCUCCAUUGGAGUGGACGCCUCCAUCGCUCACCGCUUCCACUUGAUGAGAGAGAAGCACCCAGAGAAAUUCAACAGCAGAAUGAAGAACAAGUUGUGGUACUUUGAGUUUGGCACCACUGAGACCAUCUCUGCCACGUGCAAGAAACUCAAUGAGUGUAUCGAAGUCGAGUGUGACGGUAUCAUCCUGGACCUCAGCAGCACGUCAUUGGAAGGCAUCGCCGUCCUCAACAUACCCAGCAUGCACGGCGGCUCCAACCUGUGGGGAGAGACCAAGAAAAGGCGGAACUACAACCGCAUGAGCAGGAAGGUUCCGGAUAGGAUGCCCACCAGUACCAUCAUCGAUAUAAAGGAGCUCAAGUUCUGUGUUCAGGACCUGAGUGACCAGUUGCUAGAGGUGGUGGGUCUGGAGGGCGCCAUGGAGAUGGGGAAGAUCUACUCAGGCCUGAAGAGUGCAGGUCGCAGACUGGCCCAAUGUGCUAACGUUACCAUCAGGACGUCCAGGCUGCUGCCCAUGCAGAUCGAUGGGGAACCUUGGAUGCAGCCCCCAUGUACGAUCAAUAUCACACAUAAGAACCAGGUUCCCAUGCUACUGGGGCCUCCUCAGAAGACCCCCUUCUUCUUCUUCAAGAGACGCAGCAGGAGUCGGGACUGAGUGAGGAGGACACUUCAAACUCCCCCAUCUUCACACAAACACAACCCCUCGGCCCCUCCAACACCAACUGAUGACUGGACUGGUGAACUGUUCCCCAUGGAGGAACUGGACCUUGGGAGAGGAGAGGAGGUGUAGAGGAGAGGAGGUGUGGAGGGGAUCAUUUGGAGAAGGAGAGGAUAUUCUUAAAAGAGGAAAACAACUCAAUAGACAUUGCCCCUUGGACCUAUGGCACCACUUCAGAAUGAACCAACUUUUUCUCAGUGUAAUGACCACUUCCUGUGUGUCCAUGUUCUAGCUUCUAGAACUUCCUGUUAACUUUGAACUCUGACCCUGCCACUGGCCCACUAGCUCAGUUAACCCAGGCUCCAGACCCAGCUUCAGCCCAAACCCACCAGUACUGACACACUGCCUUGGCAAAACACAGUCCCAACCAACAUAUAGGUUCAUUUAGGGAUACUGCCAUGAUCCUCAAAGGGAGGGAUAGAGAGAUGGAGGGAUAAAGAAACAUAAAGAGAGAGAGAGAAACAGAAGUGGGGUAGAAGGGGAGACAGACAGACAGGAAGGAAAGAAAAGAGUAGAAGAGAAGGAGUGAGGGAUGGGAUGAUCGAUACAGCAGAUGAAAGUAAGGUGUGUGUGUGUGUGUGUGUGUGUGUGUGUGUUCCCCUCUCUUUGAGGAACCCGUUGAAUAAUGAAUCAGAGCUUGUAGAGUAUUCACUCCAGUGUCUUUCCACGACGCCAGAACACUGCACACUGCCUGAGACAUGAAACAGAAAGAGGACAUCUAUAAUUGACUGCUUUGUUUAUGCUUGACGGUGACAGCAGGGCAGAAUCCACAGCAACAGUGGCCUGGGAAGCAUGGGAAACUCAAACUAACAUGUAGGGAUUUUUUCCCCCCAUCAUCUUGGCCCACAACAAGCAUAUUUAGACUAGAAUUUGAAGAAUAUCAAUGGCGUCAGGGGGAAAGGGAAGUCAAAGUGUUUUUAUCUCACCAUCUUCACUAAGUUACUCAGGGCCAUUGGUCUGUCCAGACGGAUUCGUGGAACAGAACUCAGUGUAGAGGGGAGACAAGGUAGAGAGGACCUGACUUCCCUAUUACUGUAGAGACAGAGAUCACUGAGAGCAGAGAUAAGCCCUGUGUCCCGAUCAGAAAAGCCCAGUAGGACAGCAUUAGGAACAGAGCCCAGUGUAGAGGGAGAGGAGACUGAAGGGGGUAUGUUAGGUCCUUACUGUAAUGUGUUAGGACAGCUUUAGAUUGAAUCAACAAGCCUCACCCAGAAACAGAUGUCCCAGAGGACACUUUUAGAGGGUUAGAGAUUGAAAUGGAUCCAGCUAGCUAGAGAUAGAAUAACAGCCUGACUCCCCCAGGCCUGAGGGGUCUGAUUUACCAUAGCUUGGACUGGACCUAAAUUUAACCUGCUAUUUCAGGAGGAUCUACACUGUGAAGCACUAUUCCUAAUUACGGUGUGAAAACAUCAGCUCGCUGUCCAAGAGUGCAAAACCCAGGGGCCUGACUGAAAAUGGUGGGUGUAAUUCCAUUCAUGUUGGUUGCUGGACCGUACCAUUCAGGCAACAGGAAGACAUGUUAUCAAUUCAAAUGUGCUGAACUGAAAAUGACUCUUAAAAUCAAACCGAAUGGCAAGAGCUGAACAGGCAAGAAAACAGUGAGGCAGAGAUAGUGUGGCAGCUACUACGAUAUACCCUUAUAGUACUGUCCCAACAAUAGUAGCCAACUAUAUAUGUGCAGACACAGUAUUUGUAUAUUGUGGAAAUAGGUGUGGUGCACAUGAAUGUGUUUUUUAAUGAUAUAUUAUUAGUGUAGAGUUUGAGACUAUAGAAGAGCACAGAUCAGUGUUCUUUAGUGGGUCACUUCAAUGACUCAGUCUGGGGCUGAUACACAAAACAUCCUCUCUGGCACCAUAGCACCCUCGUACCCUAGGAUUUAUUUUAUUUUAUUUUUUAUUUAACCUUUAUUUAAACUAGGCAAGUCAGUUAAAAACAAAUUCUUAUUUACAAUGACGGCCUACCCCGGCCAAACACUGGACCAAUUGUGCACCGCCCUAUGUAGGAUGUAAGGGUUAGGGUGCAUGGCACAGGGGGGUGAGAGUGAAGUGAGCCAGCAUUCAACACUGAGUGUUUGUCCCAAAUGGCACCCUAUUCCCUAUUCAGUGCACUACUUUUGACUGGCGUGAAUCACAAACUGUCAUUGUAUGCCGGUGAUCUUCUGUUGUUUAUUUCGAACCCUCACAGUACAGUCCUCACGGUUAUAGAUACAUGGGAUAUGAAUUCGGCAAGAUCUCUGGUUACAAGCCAAACCUGAACAAGUGAAUGACACAGUAUGUAGCGCAAUUUUGAUGGAAUUCCCUUUAAAAUGACCAAGGGCCCCUUCACCUACCUUGGCAUAACAAUGACCAUCAGCUACAAUGACUUGCUCAGGUUCAACUUCAAACCACUACUAGGACUUACCAAACAAGACAUUUCACCAUUGUCCACGCUGCCAAUCUCCCUCGCAGGCCGCAUUCAUUGACCCCAUAGGGCUCUGGUCAAAAGUAGUGCACUGAAUAGGGAAUAGGGUACCAUUAGGACUGACCCUGAGCUCCUCUUACGGGGCGAGGCUUUGAUGUCUUCGGCCCUAAAUCCCUUUAAAACCACACUGAGCCGGGACUAUCAUGUCCAGGACCCACUAAAACAGAGCCACAUGUCCAAUGACCAUGGAGUAGAAGUAAAACAGUCCCAAAUGGCACCCUAGUCCUUAUAUAGUGCACUACUUUGGACCAGAACCCUAUCAAAAGUAUUGCACUAUAUAGGAACAGGGUGCCAUUUGAGACGUAGACUUUAUCUCUAUGGACCACAGGGUCUGUCUGACCCUGCAACACCUCUAACCAGUACAUACAGGCAACAUUUCAAUGACCACAUCACCUCUACUAUCAUAACAUAGAGUUGUCGGCCAAUGGUCAUUGGAUAUCGGGGCUCAUUUUAGUCUUUAUGGAGCCUGGAUUGAGGCGACUCAGUGAGAUGUGUGCAUGUUUACAUAUCACUUUUCAUUUACGGGAAAUGAUUUUCAAUUUUAACUGUUAUAAUUAUGUGUAUAUAGAUAUUUGUUUAUAUAUUUUAUCUGAAGUUACACCACCGCAUGCCUGCUGAAACAAAUGAGACAAAGAAAUGUCUGUCUGCUUGAGGAGAGACCACGCUGAUUGUUGCAACCCCCUCCUUCAAGCUAUGACCUGUCCUGCUGUCGGGUCACAUUAGCUGUUCAACCCCCCCAACUUAUCCAUUGCUUAAAAACCCAUGACCUUGUGUGUUUAUUUGUUGUGUUUCCCCAUUGGUAGCUAGCAUAGCAUGUUGGUAAUUCUGUGCUAGAACAGGACAGUGUUGGUUUGUCUUAGGUCAAAAGGAGAGAGACUUCCCAGGAGACAUGUCCACUAUGGCUGCCAUUUUGUGACUCAUCGUCAGAAGAUGGAACGGGGAUGCGGACACAGAACUCAGAACUCUUACCUAUCAGACUAUUAAUCCUCAAUGUUUGUGUCACUCAGUCACCACUCAUCUCCAAUCCGGUCAUCAGAAAAUGAUCAAUAGCCUUAACUAACAAACAAACACACACGGUGUCUCUAGUGCAUUUUCUGCCAGGACACAACAACGACGGGACACUGACGAAGAAGAAGUUAGUAAAAAGAACAAUGAUAAUGAACUCUCUGUCUCUGUUGCAAUAACCCACUGCCAUCACUAACCAGCUGCCCGAUCCAUAACCAUCACUGCCUAUCGGGAUGGGUCCCCUCCACCCACUUCUAAGAGGAUUUGGUUUAGCCCAGGUUGUCAACAACCACUGUUGAAUGUGGCCUCUGGCCAUCAUAGAAACACCAGGGAGGAAUGGACUGAGGCCAUCCAUUAUCAUGUUGACAGACAGUGGUUGCAUCCUAAAUGGCAUCCUAUUCCCAAUUAAGUGCACUACUUUUGACCGGAGCACUUUGUGGGCCCUGGUCAAAAGUAGUGGACUAUAGGGAAUAGGGUGCCAUUUGAGUCGCCCUCCAUGUUGCAGCAGGGAUUUCUAUGUACUGCACCUCAGCCACUGUUAUAGCCAUAAGUGUGUGUCUGUGUCCAUGUACAUGGUGAUCAUGAUGUGCCUCUGCCUCUGAGGUGACCUAGAGGAGGGCUAUAUCAAAGAAACUAAUAAUGAUGAUAGUAUACACAGUCUAUUACAAUUAGGAUUGUUUAAUUUUCCACCAUUACAUAUCCACACUCUUCCACUGAAUUGAGACAACCAGAUGCAUAAAAGGGCUCCAAGCAUGUCAUUUAGAAUAUGGCCAAUACAUUGCUGCAUUUUAUGCAGUAUACCAGUUUGGAUAAUUGAAAUGGAGCCAAAGAUGGUCCUCAUCACCAUCCUCCCCAUGUGAAACUAUUGUCCCCUUGUCUCCACUGUCCCUCCUGACCAUGGUCUUGUCAACCUUCAGAGACUCACAGAGGCAGUGAGGUUUAUCGUGCUGUCACUGUUGUUGGUGUCGUCCUAUUCUUAGGCCUGGACAGAUUAACUAACAGUAUUGAGUGACACUAGUGGCCGGGACAGAUGCAGUCGGGCUAGAGCCAUGCAUACAGUUUAUAUCAUUCCCGAGUGUGAUGUUCUACAUGUGUGUUAAAACCCAUGGGCCUGUUGUGUUUACCAUAGAAAUAGCAUAGCAACAUGAUUGGUAAACUCAUGGGUACACUCAAAAUGGCUGCCAGUCCACUCAUUAUGGCAUCAUUGACUUGAAUGGGGAGGCCCCGUUCUGUGGUGUUUACUCCCUCAGGGUCAAUGUAUGUACAGUAUGUAUGUAUGUAUGUAUGUAUGUAUUUGUGUGUGUGUGUGUGUGUGUGUGUGUGUGUAUGUGUGUGUGUGUGUGUGUGUGUAUAUGUAUGUAUGUAUGCAGCUGUCCAUAUGCCUGUAGCGCCCGGCGAGGGUUAGGGGCAGACUGUGACAGUAGACCCUGUGAUUGGACAAAAAUAAGAUAUUAUCAUAUAUUCUCAUCGUCUGCCCUAGCUGGGUUUAUCGUCUGUUUGUUGCCCUCGCCGUUGUGUUUGUUAGUUGUAUGUUGGACAAAAGAAUAAUCAAAUAAACAAAGAGGAUGAAUAUG